CCCAAAGAAUUUAAGUGAUGUAAAUUUUAGAGGGAUUACUUUUGUCUUAACCGUCAAAAUGCAGUCAGCAAGCUUCCAGCAACUAUUUUUAUGCAUUCAGAUGAAAAAUUAGAAACAUGCUAGGGAACUUUGAUAAGGAUUGUAGCCUUCCUUGGCAGGAUCUUGGAACCUGCCUGGGUUUAAGGCCAAUAACUACCAUGUGAAUUAGUCUCCAGGUAAAAACACUCUGAGGUUGCCUUUGUUUUUUAAAGAGCAGUUUAUAACCUUAGCUUUGGAAGAGUGAUUUAAACUACCUGUUUGUUAGGCCUGACUUGUAAUUGAGCGGAGUGAGGCAGACCAGCACGCUGGGGAAGCGGGUGGCCUCGUGCUCGACCACGCCCAGGUAAUGCUGCCUUCCCGGCUUUGUGCCUUUGCGCACGCGCUGUGGAGCCCAACUUCGCCGCUAGGAGGCGCCGGGCCCUCUUCAGGUCGGCCCUUGGGGCGGUGCGUGUGGAUGUGACGUCACCGCGCACGCCGCCUCUUGUUGCCGGGCAGCGAUGGCGGCUACCCUGGAGUCCUCCGUGGAGGACCCACUGCGGAACUUUGUUCGAGUUUUGGAGAAGCGAGAUGGCACAGUGUUACGACUGCAGCAGUAUGGCUCUGGCGGCGUGGGCUGCGUUGUUUGGGAUGCUGCCAUUGUUCUUUCUAAGUACCUGGAAACGCCCGAGUUUUCCGGCGAUGGGGCCCACGCUCUGAGCCGGCGGUCGGUGCUGGAACUGGGCUCUGGCACAGGGGCCGUGGGGCUCAUGGCCGCUACCCUCGGGGCUGAUGUUGUAGUCACAGAUCUUGAAGAAUUGCAAGAUUUGCUGAAGAUGAAUAUUAAUAUGAACGAGCAUCUUGUCACUGGUUCUAUUCAAGCCAAGGUACUGAAAUGGGGGGAAGAAAUAGAAGACUUGUCUUCUCCACCAGACUACAUACUGAUGGCCGACUGCAUAUACUACGAAGAGUCUUUGGAGCCAUUGUUGAAAACUCUAAAAGAUCUUAGUGGAUUUGAGACUUGUAUUAUAUGUUGUUAUGAACAACGAACAAUGGGAAAAAAUCCAGAAAUUGAGAAAAAGUAUUUUGAGCUACUUCAACUAGACUUUGACUUUGAAAAAAUUCCUUUGGAGAAACAUGAUGAAGAAUAUCGAAGCGAAGAUAUUCAUAUUUUAUACAUCAGAAAGAAAAAACCGAAAUCUCCAUCGUGAAAUCUUUAGUCAUCUUACCCAAGUCUCUAAUAACCUGGGUAAGCUAAAGAUGUGAGUGGAGCAUGUGAAUACAGCAUGGGAAGAUUGUGUUCACAGAUUAUUCCAGCAUGUCCGUAGAGAUUUGAUAUAUAAAUGAAAACUACCAUGGGCUGUCUGCAAUUCAAAAAAUGAUUACUGACUGCCUGCCUGCCAUUGGGCCUGAAAUCCAACUUAGUUUACUUUUAGCUCAGCAUCAGGUUCUGCUUAAAAGAAAAUUGCUUAUCAGUCACUCCUCAAAUGAAAAUAGGUAUUGCGAUUUGCCAAAGUCUGCCAGAAAUAAACAGUGAAGCAGCAUAACCAUGACUUGGUGUAUCUUCAGGAAACCAGGGAUAAAUUGAUCCAAUUUCUAAAGAGAGACAUCUAUUACUAUGUAAUUAUGUUUAAAUUGGAACUAGUAAAAUUUAGUUGUCUUCAAGAUAGAUAAAUCUAAAAAAAGAUUUUUAUUUUAACAUAAUUCUGCAGUGGUUUUAUAUAUACCUUCCACUUCAUUGCCGUUAUUAAGAUAGCUUUAGUAUUUAAAUGUUCUUUUAUUUAAAAAAAAAUACUGUUUUCUAUAUUUAAAUUAGCCAAAGUUUUAUUCUUUUCCUCCACCAUACAUGUCUAUGUGAGUUGGAUAGUAAAUUAUACUGUAAUGAGUUGGUAAGAAUGAAAGUAAGAAAUCAGGAGUGGGGAAAGGUAUCUUUACAGAAUCUUCCAUUUGAGAAUGGAGUGAGAAUAAAAAGCCCACUUUCAGGCUUGUGCACUUAUGUGGCUCUUGCACUUCUCCUUGUGUGUAUCUUCUAGGAAAAUGACUAAAAUCACUGGUGUUUUUACAUGGAACAGAGAAAGGUUUUUAAGUAACUACACAUGUAGUUCUGUAUACAUUUAGCAAAUGAUUUCGGUUCUGUGUCGUCUGUUUUAUGUUAGUGAUGGUAAUCAUCUGCUCAGACUCGGAUCUGUCGAGGACUUCAGUCAUACCAGUUGUGAAGAGUAAUACUAACUGGAUGGGAUUCUGGUACUUACAGGCAUUGGUGCUUGGUGGCACAUUUUAUGUAUUAAAAUAAACAUUGUUUUUGAGA